AUUUGAUCAAUCUAUUUGUUGGCCCCAUCAUUGAUUGCUUAUGAUUCUAAAGAGUCAUUUUUGUUAAUCAAUCCUAACCGUCUCAUAGCAUGGCUUGGAAAAAGGAGGGCCACAAAAAUAGGGACAAAACAGGGAAUGAAUCUGAUCAUUCGAUCAGUGUGAUUUUUGCAGUGGCCUGUAAAAUGUGGCUUUGGACUUAUAUAGAAUUAAGAAUGCAACUAGGAGCACUAUAACUUACAGUCCCUUUGAGAGGGAGCAGUGAGGCAUUUCUAAUUAUGAAAUGAUCCGGUAUCCCAGAGCACUCUAUGGUACGGUGAUCUUGGUUGCACAUGCAUGGGCAUGUGGAGAGUCCGUCUAAUAAAUUUGGGCUGUCCAGCCACAAUUUAUGGGCCACCAUGAGAAAAUCACACUUGGAUGACUUUAUCUGAAAGCUGGCCACGCUCUCAUAACAAUCCUUUAUCGAGAAUGGGAUGAGAUGUUUGGCGAUGUCCGAUUCAAUGUUUCUUCUUUCAUGCAAUUCCUAAUUGGCCCACCAAAUGGAUGACUUAGACCCAUUUAGUUGCAGCAAAAGUUCAAGUCUAGAUAGCCUGCUUGGAUAGCUCCAGUCCUAGUUGAUUCCAUGCAUCUAAAAUUAGGUAAAUAUGAUCGGACGAGGGUCACACAUUAUACACUAACUUUGAACCAUUGCUCAAUUUAUCUGGUCCGUUCAAUUAUUUUUUAUACGUUAGUCACUCACCAUCGUACUAAUCUUUUUUUUUUAUUAUUGGAUAUAACAUCAACACUGCCGGGGUCGCCUGAUGAUCGGUUAUGAUCCGCACACAUGUACCUUUGCUCGCAGAAGUGCAAUCAGCAGUCCCCACGAGCACCAUGCCCUGUAUUGCACUGGAGCACCGAACUGUACGAAUUUGCCCGAGCGAAUGGAUUGAAGACUGAAGACUGAAGAGGCCUUCGCCUCCAGCUCGACAGUCCAGUUGCCAUGACGCGGGGUGGAGUCCGGGAGAUGAAGGCGUACAGUACACGUAGCAUGAUGAUGUGCUCGAUCGAGACCGUCCGUUUAGUGGUACCUAUAUACGAAUGGAAAAUCCUACGAUGGUGAACCAACUCGAUGAUAUGAUGGGUUAGUUUGUAGAGGCGGGAUGAUGCUCCGAAAUCUCCCAGUCAGAAAACCCUAACCGUUUCUUCAGUGGCCUACAAAUAGAACAAUGGUCCAGAAAAAAAAAAGGGCAAAAUAAUGGAUGCCUGUGAUCUUCUGAUCUGAAAUGGUUAACAGUGACCACUGCCCGUGUAACAUGGUUGGCGUUGGUUCAGUUUGGUCAUUUUGGUGAAAAUUAGGGCUGAUUUGGAAAUUCUCUGCCUUUAUUAGGGUUUGGGGUUGAGAGAGAGAGAUUUGAAGGAACAUUUGCGGCAACAGCAGCAGCAGCUAGAGGCAGCCAUGGCGGUCGAACUGAUGCUCUUCAACACAUGGGCCUACGACGAUGUUCAUAGCAUUGAUAGCAUUGACACGAUGGGUCUCGGCAGAUGGAUGUCUGGGAUCUUGAGUUCCUAUGCGAUGGUGACACACGACAUGGUUGAUGAUGUGUCUUUACAAGAUUACAUCGCCAUGAAUGCUAGAAUUGUCCCGCAUACAGCUGGAAGGUACUCAAAAAGGUUCCCCAGGACCAAAUGCCCAAUUAUCGAGCGGUUGACGAAUUCCCUGAUGAUGCAUGGCCGCAACAAUGGAAAGAAGCUGAUGGCGAUUCGAAUAGUCAAGGAUGCAAUGGAACGAAUCCAUACCCUCACUCAGCUUAACCCCAUUCAAGUCAUUGUCAAUGCCAUUAUCAAAAGUGGACCACGAGCGGAUGUAGUUCGAGUUGGCUUUGGGCCUUUUGUUAGGCGUCAAGCAGUUGAUGUCUCCCCUCAUAGACGUGUUGGCCAAGCAAUAUAUCUCCUAACUACUGGUGCUCGCAAGAGGGCUUUUAGGAGCAGAGACACAACUAUAGCUGCGUGCUUGGCAGAUGAACUCAUCUCUGCCUCCCAGGGAGGUCAGAACAGCUAUGCCAUUACGAAGAAAAAUCAGAUUGAAAGGGUUGCGAUGGCCAACCUUUGAAAAGAUCGUCUCGGAACUUCCCAAGAGAAUGUGUUCGCAUUUCUCAUUUCUCUCUUCACCAGGUUACUCUAUACUACACUAUGACUCUAUAGCAACUUGAUGUAAAUAACUACUUGCAUUUGCGUUUGGGCAAUUUACUUUCAUCUGCAUGGCAGAAAAAACUAGUUAUGGUUGAGUAUAUACAUAUAUACACUCAUCUCAGAUGUUGACAUUGGAAUUUGAUGCUUCUUGUAUCGUCAAGACAAAUAGAAACAUUGGAAGCAGCUUUUACAUUC